AUGGUCACUCAUCGUGCCGUAGACUAUUAUACAGUAGAAUUGAAACGUAUUAUCCCAUGGGUCUUUAAUAGUACAUACUGCUUCUAUAUUAAGAUUGAAGGCGAAAACGGCCGCUCAAAGAUCAACAAGAGAGAAGUGAGCCGGAGAGUUAACCCUCUAUGCUUGUGGCUAGGCAAGCGAGAUAGUAGAGCACUUCCUAUUUUGUUAUACAAAGUAGGCAGAAAUGAGAGCAGACAUGCUAUAAUAUACAGAAAUGAGAAGAGGAGUCUGUUAUUCUACCUUGGAGGAAAGAUGUUGGGGGCCAUAGCUCAACGGGGCCUUAACUUCAGAUAUCAAGAUAAAUACGUUGAAGCAGGGAAAGCAGGGGCUUGGUAG